UAUUUAAUUUUCUCCAUUCAUGGGCAUCUUUUUUUCUAAUUUCUAUGCACAACAUUUAUGGAAUCUAGAAAUAAAAACUAUUUCUUAUUUAUUCACACUUACACUUAUUUAUUAUUCAUAGUUGUCUAUAGUUGAACAUUUCAAAAUAUCUGAGUUAUAAUUUUGAAAUGCCAUGUCUGAGAAUAAUUUUGAACAAUUUUCAGAUUCCUAUCUGCUAGAUGUGGAUAAAACCUUCGUUGGCAACCAGGAGUUGAUGGAAGGUUUAUUCCAGAGAAAGGAAGUCACAGGAUCUUUCGAUAAUUCCAGAUUGCCGGGCUCAAUAGAGGCGUUAACCACAACUGAUUCUAGCACAUCUCCGCUACAAAAAGUAGUAACAACGACGCCUUCAACUCCCGCAAAUGUAGAAGAGGAACAAUCAAAAGAUGAAUUAACUUUGGUUGCUGAUUCAGAUUUUUUGUUAGUAAAUCAUACAACUGAUCUUUUAAAACCUGAAACUAGUUUCUAUAAGAGCCCAGGCUUCUCAGUAAAAUCACUAUUUGGAAAUCUAUCUCUCCCAAUUCUGUUUUAUAUGUUCGUUUUUGUCCUAACUAAUACUGCUCAACCACUUCUGAUUUUAUUGCUGAGAAAGAAUGGAGGAACGCCGAGUGGAACCUACACAUUUCUAUUUCCGACAUAUUUGGCAAUGGUAUUCGUAGGGACAUAUCCAACGAAAAAGUCAAUCUUUCAAGAAAAAUGGAGAUAUCCAAUCAUCCUAUCAAUGAUGGAUAUUCUACACCAAGUUGUGGAAAAAGCUGGAUUGGUAUACUGUGGACCAUCAAUUUAUUCAAUCGCAUCAAGUACAACAACUCUAUUCUUGGCACUAUUCUCGAAACUAAUUCUCAAGCAAACUGUUACCAGUUUAACUUGGCUGUCAAUAUCACUUAUAUCAUUUUCACUUGCACUAAGUGGUUACGUCCAGACGGAAUAUAUAACUUCAUUACACAUUCUGGGAUUCUUUCUAGUAAUGCUCGCGUCCAUGGUGAGCGCUCUCAACUCAAUAAUCGGAGAGAUUUUACUCAAAAAGGAUGAAAUCGAAGGACCGAAUCUGGUGUGUAUGAUGGGAUUAACCUCACUCAGUGUGUUCUCAAUAUGGACAAUGGUCUGGACGUUCCCUCAGAGAAAAACACUAUUUGCGACAGAUAAAGAAAUAAACCCAUUUGACCUACAAAAUGUUUUGAAGAUUUUAGGUAUACUCUUCCUCUCCAAUUUUGGAAGAUCGUCAGUAUACUACUAUAUUAUUAAAGAGUGCGGGUCAGUAUGUUGCGGAGUUUUAAAGGCAUUGAGGAUUGUUCUAGUGGUUUUCGCAGACCACUUCUUGUUCUCAUACAUCGACGGAAGUCAGAAAAUAACACCCGGAAAAGUAGUCGCAGCACUGAUUUGUACCCUCGGAGUAAUGUUCUAUUCGCUUGAAAAGUCCGAAAUUUAUUCGAAAAAGAAGCCUUCUUAAUAAAAGUUUUGAAUUUCUUCUAAUUGAUAAUAUGUUAAAUGUUAAGAA